UGCAUUUUUCGCUAGUGGUGCUGUUUGUUGCUUGAUUCGCGUCUCGCUCGUGAUGUUGAAAAGCCAUUCAUUGCUGGAUUGGCUGGUGGCGGCUGGCGGGCCAGGCUUAUGCCGCGGUGGUGUGCAGAUUACUACAUCGAUUCAAUAAAGCCGAUCGUGCGAGUAGACGAGACUUUCAGUAAAGUGAAUGCAUCCGACGUGAUCGGUUCGCGGAUUUCCGUGCCUGCUUGUUCCACUCUUUAGUCUAGCGUGUUGUUCUGUAUGCGGUUCAAUUUCUUACGAUUCGGUGCUCGGAGUGAAUAUCAACCAGUUUUGCGAACCAUUCGCGAGUGUCCCUGUUUUUAGCAGACGUCUGCUGCUGCGUGUAUGAAGCUGCACCACUGGGAUGUUUAUUGUGAGCGGUUCACGGUGAAAAAAAUAUUAAUUCAAAGGCCCUCGGUGCUGUGCGAAUGAAUUGCCCAAAUGAAAGUGCAAACGAAAGGAAAAGUUUUCUAGUGCUUGCUUUCAAUGUUUUAUAAACAAACUUGUGUAUAUGAAUAUUGUUUUACUGUGGCUCAAAACUUGUAAAACGCUGAACGUAAUCACAAUAUUGUGAUUAGUGAUAAAACUUACAGUAAAGUUUAUAGAAACGUAAAAUCAAUAAGGUGCAGCAUGGAGCAAUUGGCAAUGGCAACCAGAAAGAAAUACACCGCAAACUCCGAUACGUUCUCAUUGUCGUUCGCAGCCCAGAAGAUUUUCUUCUUGGCAAUUUUGUCCGUCACGUUGCAUAUGGUGGUGAAUGGCGAAAAUGUUGAAAACUAUGGUCCAAGCGGUGGUCUUCAAAGCCACGACCACAAGCACUGCAAGCAUCAACACCCCAAAGCACACGAGGUGAUACACGGAGUGAAACUAGAACCUCUACAUGUCAUACGAAAACGAAGCCUCGAUCAGCCGCUACGAAUAUUAUUAGUUUAUGACGAGUCGGUCUACCGAUUGGAUUCUGCAAAAUUUGCUCUCAUUAAUGACACAAUUCUUCCAGAAGCGGUUCGAUUCUGGGAACAAGCUUUGAUGGUGCGUCAAACAAAAGAGAUUAUAAGACUGAAUCGUAAGUGCGAAAGCAGUCAGGUGUUUGUGAAAAAUUCACUCACCUACUGCAUAGAUUCCUGUAAACCUGUAACACUUUGCGGCGAAGUUCAAGUGCCCGAGGAUCAUUUGGAUGUCUGCCGAGUUUGUAACUCAACAGGUCAAGAUUGUCGGGAGGAUACUAGCACUUUUGCGGGAGCAGGCAUAUCGAAUGCAGAUUUCGUGUUUUAUGUAUCCGCACGGCAGUCGGAAAGGUGCCAUAAAGGUCUGACGGUGGCUUAUGCUGCCCAUUGUCAACAGGAAGCAGCGCUGGAUCGGCCUAUUGCGGGACAUGCCAAUCUUUGUCCAGAGAGCAUUAGCACUAAACCUCAGGAAUUGCAGACGCUUCUAUCCACAGUCAAACAUGAAAUUUUACACGCCCUGGGGUUUUCCGUCAGUUUGUAUGCAUUUUUCAGAGAUGACGAAGGGAAUCCGCGAACGCCACGGAAGCCGGACACUGGAAAACCGUAUUUGAAUGAAAAACUGCAGAUCCAUCAGUGGAGCAACCAAACGAUCAAAAAAGUUAUACGCGAUCAUUGGGCGGUACGAGGUGGCUACAUCAACAGGACAAUAGACAUGAUGGUAACACCCAGGGUAGCCAAAGAGGUACGAGAGCAUUUCAGUUGCCAGAAACUAGAAGGAGCCGAACUUGAAGAUCAAGGUGGAGAAGGCACAGCUUUGACUCACUGGGAAAAACGAGUGCUUGAGAAUGAAGCGAUGACUGGAACCCACACACAGAGUUCUGCUUUUUCUCGAAUAACGCUGGCAUUGAUGGAAGACUCGGGAUGGUAUAAAGCCAAUUACAGCAUGGCCUCACCUCUGACCUGGGGUCGAGGAUUGGGGUGCAAUUUUGCGAUGAGAAGCUGCAAAGAUUGGAUAACCGCAAACAAUGCUAGCAAAAUACCAGGAUUCUCCGAAGUUGCUAAAGGGCGUUCCAUUCAUCCAUUUUGCGCAAAAGUAAAACGUGAUCCUCUGCAGACCGAGUGUACUGAUGAUCGUAGUUCCGUGGCGUUGUGCAAUUUAAUACGACACGAAAGUCCUCUGCCUAGACAGUAUCAAAACUUUGAUUCGCUUGCCCAUGUCCCCAUAGGUCAGGAGGCCUAUUAUGGGGGCUCAGUGUCACUUGCGGACCACUGUCCAUACAUCCAGGAAUUCACAUGGCGAAGUAGAAACGUUGUCGUUCGAGGAUCCCAAUGUCAGUUCGAAGAUAACAAUCCAAAACCAGAGAAAAAUUUUGCUUUGGAAUCGUACGGGGCUGACUCGAAAUGCUUUGAUCAUAGUGAACAUAUGUGGGAAGAGCGAUCUUGCAGGCAGACACGUGAAUGGCAACACUGGGGCUCUGGAUGCUACCGAUAUAAAUGCGAAAGGGGCCGUCUACAUAUCAUAAUUGCAAACUAUUCCUACGAAUGUUAUUAUGCUGGCCAAGAACUGAGCGUUCGGCUGAUAGCGGGUGGUUGGUUGCACAAGGGGGCAGUGAUAUGCCCCUCAUGCAAGGAAAUGUGCAAUACUGAAUUUGAGCUUCGUGGCGAUCGAUGUAAAGUCAGCGAAGAAGUGCCUCAAAGCAGUAAUUAUCCGAAACAUGAGCUGAAGUGCAGUGCUGGUAGUAUUGUAGGCCCAACAAAAGAAUUCAAUGUUUUCUUUUCACUGCUAGUCAUUGGAAUUUCCAUGCUCUUCCGAUUAGAAAGAUAACUACUCUCCAUUCCAGGCUAGAAAGUCUUUGAAACGUACUAUCAGUUUUCAUUUAAUAAUUUAUGUGAGUCUAACAUCAUGUGAUAAUAUUCAUCUGUGUUUUUUUAUUUCUUUUAAAUGCACAAAAGAAGCUUUUAUUUAGUCGUUAACUGCAAGAGCUAAUGUAUGUAAAUAUUCUCUAUUCUGUACAUAGCAUUACUUUUCUGAAAGUAUUUUUAAAGAACAGAGUUCUGUAAAUAGUUAGGAACAAUAAAGACAUCAAGCGUUACUAGUAAAGACAGAUGGAUCUCACUCUGUAUAAAAUUACAUCAGAUUACGGAAACAGUAAUUUAGCAAAGAUUUGCCUGAACAAAAACGAGUAGAUUUUAAGUAGUAAAUUUCCAAUUAAACUUGACAGUGAUGACUUCAUAUGAGAAUAUGUUUUAGUGAAACAAUUGUUCAUUGGUAUAUUUUUGUGAAGUCUUCCCUGAUUUGGUGCCGUUAUAGUUCGAUUGUGAGAAUGGAGUGAUAAAGAAAAUGAAUGUUUAACUGCCAAAGUUUUGUUGAUCGAAUAAUGUAAAUAAUGAUUAAGACGAAAUAUAGAGAUUUCCAUUAUAAUCACGAG